AUGAGGCCAAACAUCGUUACUGAGGCAGGGUUGCCUACUAGGAUGAAUCAAUGGUGGGAAAGCAUUCCAUUUCUCACCUCUGCAGUGGUGGUUGUCUGUGGAGUCAUUUAUUUGGUUUGUCUUUUGGUUGGAUACGAUUCCUUUGUUGAGGUUUGCUUCCUGCCAUCUGCAGUUGUGUCACGGUUUCAAGUUUACAGGAUUUAUACUUCAAUUCUUUUCCAUGGUUCACUGCUUCAUGUUCUCUUCAACAUGAUGGCUUUAGUUCCCUUGGGGUCUGAGCUGGAGAGGAUCAUGGGAUCAGUUCGCUUGCUAUAUGUUGUUAUCUUGUUGGCUACAAGCAAUGCCAUAUUCCAUGUUGUCAUAGCACUGCUGGUGGCACACAACCCUGUUCUUACAUAUGAUUACCUCAUGAAUGAGUGUGCAAUAGGCUUCUCAGGAGUUCUAUUUUCAAUGAUUGUUAUAGAGACAAGCUUGAGUGGAGUUCACUCCAGGAGUGUGUUUGGGUUGUUUAAUGUGCCUGCCAAGUGGUAUGCAUUCUUUUUGUUGGUAGUGUUCCAGCUUCUCAUGCAAAAUGUUUCUCUACUUGGACACCUUUGUGGCAUUUUAUCUGGGUUUGCAUAUACAUAUGGAUUGUUUAAUUUCCUCAUACCUGGGACCACCUUUUAUUCUUCCAUUGAAUCCUCCUCCUUGCUCUCAUCAUGUGUGAGACGUCCAAAAUUUAUUGUUUGCACUGGUGGAAAUCCUUCCGGUUAUAUUCCUACACAUGCAAGCCAAAAUUCAACAAGUGGAUUACUUUCUGGAAAUAUUUGGAGGAACCUAUCAUCAUUGAUGCCUCAAAGGGAAGUGUCUACACAGUCAACCCAGGACAGUAGGUUCCCUGGGAGGGGAAGGACCCUUGGUUCUAGUCAAGCUCAAACUGCUUCGGAUCUUCAUUCAGAUUCAAAUCUUCAAGCAAGACUUUUGGAGGAGGAUAGUAGUCCCAAUAAUCCUUUAGAUUCAUCCACCCUUAGUAAUACUCAUCAGUUAUCAGAAGGAAGGCAUUCAACUGAUAAUGUAGCUACAGCGACUGCUGGUGUUCCACAGCAUCAGAGUGCAGUUGUUUCGGAAGAAGGAAUUAAAAAACUUGUAUCGAUGGGCUUUGAUAGGACGCAGGUUGAAGUGGCGCUGGCAGCUGCUGAUGAUAAUCUCAAUGUUGCAGUGGAAAUACUCAUGAGCCAGCAGCAAGUUGCUGAAAAUGACAGGGUUUGGCAAAGGGAAUCUCCCAAGGGUGAAACCGCACUGAUUCCAGAUACACGCA